AUGGUCUGCUCCGCAGCCGCGGCUGGCCGCGACCUGGCAAGUGUGGCGGCAGCGGCAAGCGGCGGCAGCCGCAGCACGGGCACGCGCACCGACAGCAGACGACGCCGCAGCGUGCAGCGGGCGGGCAGGCGGGCGGGCAGGCAGGCAGGCAGGCAGGAAGGCAGGAAGGCAGGCAGGCAGGCGGUGCGUGAGCCGGAGCAAGGGGGGGCUGCGAGGGCUGCGAGCCGCGGGGCCAGCAGCGGAUCGCCCCAGUUCUGGAACGGCCGGCACAGCGACUCCGGGGCUGCGCCCGGGAUGUCCGCCGAUCCGGGCGCUCCCGGGGCGGCCCUGGAGAUGCCUGGCGAGGGGGGCGCCGAGGGCUCGCAUGUGGCCCCCUACAAGAACAGCUUCCUGGAGCUCGUGCACGUGGAGCCCCACCUCCGGCGCGCCCAGAGCGACAGCGACCUCUGGAGCUCGUCCGGCGGGUGCCCCUCGCGGCCGGAGGACGACGCCUCGCUCGUGGCCGGCCGCGGUCGCCUGCCCGGCCGCGCGGGGGCGGCGUCGACGUCGAUGCAGGAGCUUCUCGCGGGCGGCGCGGACGGCCGCAGCUCUCCCGGAGGCUCUGCCGACGAGGACGGCCACCGACGCCCCGCCGGGACGGCCGCAACAGCAGCUCCCGCUCCAGCACGGGAGCCCACCAGGACAGACAAGCACGCAGGUUGGCAGGUCAACGACCGCACUGCGGGCAGCGGCUUGGAGGGCCGCGGCAAGAAGGACGACGGGCAGGAGGAGCUCGCGAAGCUGGAAUCGUCGCGGGGUGCCGCGACGCACGCCACUGGCAACUGCAAACCCUGUAUCUACCACAACGCCAGCUCGGGCUGUGCGAGGGGCGUCAGCUGCAAGUUCUGCCACGAGCCGCACGAGCGGAAGCAGAGGGCACGGCCGAGCAAGGCCACCAGAUUGCAGUGCAAGAAAUUGGCUGAGAAUUUUGGCACUGCGAAGGGCCAGCCGGACACCGAGGCCAAUCCGGGUCCGCUGGCCCUGGUCAGUGACACUUACUUGGCCACGAUGGGCAUCAUGUGCGCCGCGGAGCGAAAGUACAUGCGCAGCAUCCUGUCGGCAAGGAGCAGGCAGUCGUCGGGGCAGCAGGCGACUGCACCGUGUGGGCGCACAGUGUCCGCGUGA